AUGAGGGGCGAACACUGUAUCGCGGGCGCGAGCAUCCUCACGUUCAUGGCCAUGAUCCUCCUGGUCUUUGCCAACAUUGGCCAGAUCAGCUCGGGCGCCGUCACCAACGGCCUGCACCUCGUCGAGGUCAACGUUGCUGCCUUUGGCUCCGCCGUUCUCUCCGCCAACAAGCAGUCGAGCGGCCUGUACAACACCAAGAACACUGUCAUGGGCGCCUCGACUGGUCUGCGCCAGUACUACCGUUGGGGCAUUUACGGCGCGUGCGGCUACCAGAAGGACAACUCGGGCAUCUGCAACUCGACCCAGUUCGCGUACCCCUUUGAGCCCCUCGCCACGCUCAUCUCCGACGCCCCCACCUCGCCCACCAACUACAAGACCAUUAUCAACUCGAUCAUCCCCAGCACGGCCUCGGCGUUCAAGAACAACGGCUGGAACCACUCGCUGUCCGUCGUCGGUUCGGCGCUCAUCUUCAUUGGCAGUAUCCUGACCCUCCUGUCGUUUAUCACGGGUCUCGUCAAGCACCGCCUGUCCUUCUUCGUGGCUGCCGUCUCGAGCGGUCUCUCGGCCUUCUUCCUCAUGGUCGGCGCCGCGAUCUGGACCUCGAUCAUCUCAAAGGACAGCUGGCUCAAGCAGGUCAAGGUCCAGGGCAGCGUCGCGCUCGGUAUCACCGUCACCGCCGGUCCUGCACUCUACCUCACUUGGGUGUCCUUUGUCUUUGUCGCCCUGUCGGUCGCGCCGUACGUCAUCUCGUGCUGCACGUUCCGCAAGUAA